AUGCCCACAGCCCUUUCGGGUCACCUUGGGGUUGUUUUGGCUAAUCGUCCUCAAAGUCUUCCAUCAAACUCGGAAAAAGAAAAUCGAACGAGCGUAGGGAAAACUGGGAACCAGCUUUACUCGCUUUGGAUAUUUUCGCUGAGUAAUCCACAAUAUCAGAAAAGUUUGAGCAGAAACUACCCACAGAAACAAGGAAAUUCUGUAAAAAAUGGAAGAUAUGUACAGGCUAUCUUAGCCGCUUGGCAGGAGCCUUUCUGUGUGGAACUGAUGAAGCGCCUCAACAUUCAGCGAAAACAAGAUUAUUUGUCCGACAUCACUUUGGUUUCGAGAGACAACAUAGAAUUUAAGGCUCAUAGAAAUGUGCUUUCCACCGCAAGUCCGUUCUUUGACAAACUUCUUCGGAGUAACAUGAAAGAGAAUCGAAAAGGGAUCGUUCGCCUCGAGGAGAUUUUAGGAUCUGUUCUGAAAGAUGUUUUGGAAUUCAUCUACACUGGAACUGUGGAUGUGACUCAAGAGAAUGCCGAGGAACUGAUCGCUGCAGGAAAUUAUAUGAUCAUGCCGAGCUUGAAAACUAUUUCAGGGCGGUUUUUGGAACGAGAAAUGUCAUCCAUAAACUGUAUUUCGACCUUUUACCUCGCUGAGAAAUAUGAGUGUGACGAUCUUAUCACCAACAGCAGGCGUUUUAUUCAUGAAAACAUCGUUUCCGUGGCAAAACUAGAUGAAUUUUUGCACUUGGAAGCUAAAGAGAUCGAGAAGUGGAUUUCGUCCGACGAGAUUACAGUCAAGGAGGAAGCUGAUGUUUUUAGAAUCAUAUUAGACUGGAUAAACCACAGAAGGAGUGAGCGAAAAACAGCAUUUGAAGAACUGUUUGGUCAUGUUCGACUCGGUUUUCUGUCGCGUGACUCUCUGAAGGAUGUCGUGACAAACGAACUGGUGCGUGAGAAUUUCGCUUGUGUUAAGCUGGUGAUGGAUGCAACCGCACAGAUGUCUAGCUUUGUUAAUGAAGAUGAUUUUCUGCAAUCACCAAGAAGAUGUCUCGAUACCCGUGUCAUUGUAGUUCGUGGUGGCAAGUACACUUUUUGUUAUAUUCCUAGAGAAGACCUGUGGAAGCGCCUACCAGAUGGUCUGAAGGACGAAAACGACCGGAACAAUCGGAUGAUAAAAUUUCGUAACCAGUUGCUCACUUUUACCGAAGAUCAAAUUUCAGAGAGAUACGAUCCUAUUUUUAACAUUUGGUCUGAGCUUAACUUGAGAAAAGAUCGUGCAAAGUUUGCCGUUCUUAAAGGAGAAAUUUAUGCUGUUCAUGUUGACUACUAUUGUACGAGAACUGUCACAGAGAGAUACAACGUAAAGCGGUAUGCAUGGGAGACAAUUCACCCAUAUCAUGAACUGUGUAGAUGGGAUGCUUGCGUUAUUGCAGCCGGCAGCCAUCUGUAUGCGUUUGGUGGGAACAUUCCACGCUCAAGUGAGUACGUUGCCAUAGCUGAGAGAUUUGACACUGUGGAAAACAAGUGGGAGAGAAUUGCAGAUAUGUUGGAAGGAAGAAGCUACGCUUUUGGCGUGGCCUCUCGAGAAAAAAUCUUUGUAGCUGGAGGAGAAAACAUGACAGGAAGAUUAAAAACUUGUGAGAUGUACAAUACGUUAACAAACGAAUGGCACCUUGUUGCAAACUUGAAAGUCCCACGCUGUUAUGGUAGUAUGGUUUGUCUGGACGGAAAGCUGUACGUACUGGGUGGAGAAAGUCGCUACACCCGAAGUGAACUAAGUGUUGAAUGUUUUGACCCUGCAAACGACCAAUGGAUCCAGGAAACAACCAUACCAGUGACAAACAUUGACCCAGAAAAUAACGACAUAUUCACUGGCUCUGUUCUGAAGCUUUCAAGAGAAUUACUAGACAAACUUAUGAUUGUUGAGCAGUAGUCUCUUGGACACUUUACAGCUUUAAAAUUAGUCGUGUUGUUCAUAGCAGACAGUUGGCACAGUCAUUUUUUUAAUUACCUUAAUUUAGAAGCUCACCUAAGGAAAUGCUGGGUUAAAUCAAAGGCCCCCUCUUAUUAGUCACUGUUUACUUUGAACCUUAUACUUAAAACUCUCUCUGGGAGGGAAAACAAGCGUGAGUUGUUUUUCUUCUAAAUUAGAACUAGGAUCCUCCUGUCAUCCUAAUCUUUGUACCCUAUGCCCUUUUGCUUGCGUUUAUAUUCAAUCAGGGACCAAUAAUUAAUUAUUACUGGGGCCAACAGAGGGAUUUUGGGGGAUUAAACCUUUAACUCCCAAGAUCUGAUUGUCCAUUCUCCCUGCUUGCUGCUACACAUUUUCUUGUAAAUUAGUUACAGGAAUUUGCUGUUACAUCAAGAUAGCAACUUUUACCUGAUAAGUUUGAGUAUUCUCAUUAUAUUUUAGCUGGAUAAUGUAUGAUUCAAGGGUGACAUUGUAAGGAGAAAUUAGAUGCUAGUCACUCUCGGGGAUCAAAGGGUUAACUUUGUAAAAUUACUUCUAAUGCAUGUAAGAAAAUAGUCAUUUAUUUAAAGAAUGACAUAUAAGAAAAUUGUUCUAAGCACAAAACAGAGAAGAGCUAGUUGUGAGGGCUUGAGCCCCACCCAGUUACAAUUUCACUGUCAGAUUAUAUUCUAUCAGCUGAGCUACAUAAAAGUAGUUGGUGACCCA